GACAGUCCGAGUAUAUCCAACCGAUUGUAAACAUUACUAUAUUAAGAAGUACACGAGCCUUCUUUUCACAUUCGUUUCGAGGGAGUUGCCCUUUUCAACCUAAUCCAAUAUAUACCUUUGGAGGUCCUGCUGACAAUAGCAAAAUGAAGUGCCAAACGUCAUCGCAACCAUAUUCAGGAAUCAUAAUCUAAGAACCAAUCAACCACACCAAUUUGCUCAAUCCGAAAAAUGAACGAAUUUAUGAAAAUCACCGAACAAAAAACGAAGAAUACCUCCGAUAUAAUAGAAAACAACUUGACAGAUCACAUCACCAAUAACUCGAUAUCCAACCCAUUUAAUCCCUGGCCCUCGCACUCAUGGUUUCUCUGCUUCCUGGUAGCCCUAAAGACUUUGACGAUGAUGUUUAUUAUUAUAGCCGCAUUGUUCGGGAACCUCCUGGUGAUCGUGUCGGUGAUGAGGCACAGGAAGUUACGCGUGAUCACGAAUUAUUUCGUAGUGAGUUUGGCUUUGGCCGAUAUGUUGGUCGCAAUAUGGGCCAUGUGUUUUAACUUUAGUGUCGAAGUGAGUGGAGGUAAAUGGAUAUUCGGGUAUUUUAUGUGCGAUGUGUGGAAUUCCUUGGAUGUUUAUUUCUCCACAGCGUCCAUACUACAUUUGUGUUGCAUCAGCGUCGAUAGAUACUACGCAAUAGUGCAACCCCUGGACUAUCCACUUAUAAUGACCAACAUUCGUCUAGUAUUAAUGCUGGCCGUAGUAUGGUGUUCACCGGCGCUCGUAUCAUUCCUGCCGAUUUUUAUGGAAUGGUAUACAACGCCUGAACAUUUGGAAUUCCGCAGGAAAAAUCCUCAUAUCUGCUCGUUUACAGUGAAUAGAACUUAUUCGGUGAUAUCGUCGAGCGUCAGUUUCUGGGUGCCCGGAAUGGUGAUGAUUCUCAUGUAUUAUAGGAUAUACGUGGAGGCCGAUAGGCAAGAAAGAAUGUUAUACAGGUGA